AUGGAUGAGGUAGAGUGGACACGAAGACGACCCAAGCCUGAGGACCUAAGGGUUGGGCUCAUCAGCUGGGCAGGGUCCUACCUCACUUAUGAGACAUAUAAGAGUACAGUCACUGCUACUGCAAAGGGUUUGGGCCGGAGACAGACCUGGGAGAUCCUGGUGAGCAAUGAGCAUGACACACAGGCUCUGGUACGACUAAGGAGCUUGCAGGGCCUCUACCUUCUGUGUGAGGCUGAUGGCAGUCUGUGCUAUGGCCGGCCAAGGACAAGCCACCACGGAUGCUUCCUCCUCCGUUUCCACCGCAAUGGCAAGUGGACCCUGCAGUGCAUAAUCAGUGGUCGUUAUCUGGAGUCUGAUGGUGAGGACGUGUUCUGCAACUCCCGAGUCCUCUCAGCUUACCACAUGUGGACCCCCCGGCCAGCCCUGCAUGUCCAUGUGAUCCUCUACAGCCCUGUCAACCACUGCUACGCCCGGGCUGACCCUGGUGUGGGCCGUGUCUGGGUGGAUGCACCAGUUCCCUGCCUGAAGGAAUGUGGCUUUCUGUUGCAUUUCCAAGAUGGAUGCUACCACCUGGAGACCUCUACACACUCCUUCUUGUCCCACUUAGACCGGCUGGUCUCCCAACCCUCAACACAGACAGCUUUUCAUAUGCAAGUACGGCCUGGCGGACUCGUAGCACUGAGCGAUGGAGAAGGAGGCAUGUUGUAUCCACAAGGCACACGUCUGCUCCUGGGCUUGGGCUCCAGUCCGCACAGGGGAGAGGAGUGGUUCAUCCUACAGCGCUGCCCAACCUGGGUCAGCCUCAGGUCAAAGGCCCACAAGUUCCUCUCUGUCAUCUAUGAUGUUGAGUUGUGCGCUGCGUCUGAACGCUUAACCCAGAUGUCCUUGUUCCAGUUUGAAUGUGACAAGGACAGCCCCAACUUGCAGCUUCGUUCAGCCAAUGGCUGCUACCUAGCCCAGAGACGUCACAAGAGAGUGAUGGCCGAUGGGCAGCCACUGGAGUCUGACACCUUCUUCCGUAUGCACUGGAAUUGUGGCAAGAUCUUCCUGCAGUCUCCCAAUGGACGCUUCUUGGGUAUAGUAGCCAAUGGCCUGCUCAUGGCCAAUGCCACCGUUCCAGGCCCAAAUGAGGAAUUUGGGGUUCUGUUAGCCAACCGUCCCUUCAUCGCAUUGCGUGGUCGAUAUGGGUAUGUGGGCACCUCGUCAGAAUGUGACCUCAUGCAGUGCAAUAUGGAUCAACCUGACUGCAUUCACCUGCUGCCCUGCCGCCAGGGCAUCUACCACUUCCAGGCACAGGGCGGAUCGUUCUGGUCAAUAACAUCCUUCGGCACCUUUCGCCCUUGGGGAAAGUUCGCCCUCAACUUCUGUAUAGAGCUUCAGGGUAGCAACUUGCUCACGGUGCUGGCACCCAAUGGCUUCUACAUGCGAUCUGACCGAAGCGGCACCCUGUUGGCAGACAGCGAAGACAUUACCAAAGAGUGUAUUUGGGAAUUUUAG